GGUCGGCGAGAGUCCUAACCACUGUGCCACCGACGCACAAAUCAAUUAGGAAGAUCGACUCCCGUAAAGUGAAUACUUUAGAGAAAAACCUGGCAAUCGCGAUGUAUGCGUUAACAAAAUCACACAAUGUGGUGGGACAAUGCGACAGUUCUUAAACGGAAUGUAGGUGUGUUAAGGAAGAGGUUAGUCGCUGAAUCAUUAUUCAUUGAAUAUACACCUAACACUUGCACUGGGAAUGGUACAACGUCAAAACCAGUGAUAUGAAAAAUAUUACUCCCAAUGAAACUAAAGGGUUAUAAAUAAUAAAUUAAUGUGGACGACGUUUGAAGGUUAUGUGGGGAUGAGUGAAUGUCGUCACAAAAUAAUGCUGUAUCACUGUGUAGUCUUUUCAGAUACAUUUACUGUAUGAUGGAAUUAUACCCUACCAAAAUUACCAAGUUCCUUUCAAAGGAGAAAAAUAAAAGGUGAGAGUAGUAUCAUCAAAAUCCACUGAAUCCCAGUAGUCAAUGAGAAAAAAAUAAUAAUUGUUCAAAUGGAAACAUAACGUAAAUAAAUAUUCACCGCUGUAUUAAACCUUGUAUUACCUCAUCAUGAUUCUUUUAUUCAGUUUUGUAGAUGAGUUCAGACACUCCAUUGGAGCCUGUAUUUGGUUAUCCUAACACAGAGGAAAAGUUAAGUGAACGUAAUCAAUUUCGAAACGCUGUAAUUGUUGGAUGUGGUAUCACAACUGUUACUGCAUACUAUGUGUUUUGGUCCUUUCUUUCUCCUGCAUUUCGAAGGUUUUGUUUGCCAUUCUUACCUGCUACGUCUUCACAACUAGACAACACUUACAAGCUUUUGAAAUAUGCACAAAGUCGACGAAUUGACAGAUCUUUGGGAUCAGUAGUCGACCUUGGCAGUGGUGAUGGACGUGUGCUACUUGAUUUGCUGACUCGACCAACAUUGAAAAUUUGUUCUGCCCAUGGAGUAGAGUUGAACCGACCACUGGUUUGGUAUUCACGUUUCAAGCUGUUUCGCGUUAACGAAUUGCCGACUACACCUAAAGUGACUUUUACAUGCGGAAAUAUUUGGAAGACUAAUCUUUCCGUGUAUGACACAGUCUUACUAUUUGGUGUUGAUUCAAUGAUGAAUUCGAUAGAACAGAAGCUGAAAAAAGAAUUACGAGCUGGAUCGAUUGUAGUUACAGCUAGAUACCCACUGCCUAACAAGAAAGCACGGAGAGUAAUUAAUGAUGGACCACAUUCUGUAUUUUUGUACACAAUCUAA